AUGAGCACCACAGAGGAACUUCAAACGCUAGUUCUUACAACUCUCGAUGCAAGAGGCACAAUUCCUAAUACAAAAGAUCUCGUAGCCUCUGAUAACAAAGAGGUUGAUCAGUUAGCAUUACUCGGUGCCUUGAAAAGUUUGAGUAUUGCAGAUAAAGAGAUGGUCAAAUAUGAAACUAUUGAAGAAGAAGUAUGGAUGCUGACGGAUGAGGGAAAUGAAAUCGCUGAUAAAGGAAGCCACGAAGCCAAGGUCUUUGAUGCUAUUCCCAUUGGUGAAGAAGGAAUAGCAAUAUCUGCAUUACGUGAAAUUUUGGGUGAAACUGCAAAAAUUGGGCAGGGCAAAGCUUUCAAAAAUAAAUGGGUUAUUAAAAACGGAGAUAAUCUAGUCCGCGCCGUUGAUUCCAUUAUAGAUCAAACGCGAAUUGAUCUCGAGGUGAUUCGUUCAACCGGAACACAUUCGGAUCCAAAAGUAUUAUCUGAAUUGAGAAAAAGAAAACUUUGCGAUAAGCAUAAAGUUAUUUCUUAUUCCGUAUCGAAAGGACCAAAAUUCUCAUUGACCAUAGAAAAACAAGCACGAGACGUAACAUUUGAGAUGCUUCAAAGUGGUGAAUGGAAAAAAGCAAAUUUCAAAAAAUAUAACUUUGAUGCUCUUGGUAUACCACCUUCAGGUGGUCAUUUGCAUCCAUUAAUGAAGGAAAUGCCAACAAAUAAAUUUGUUGAGUCAUCCUUCUGGAAUUUUGACUCCCUUUUCCAACCUCAACAACAUCCUGCUCGUGAUGCUCACGAUACCUUCUUUUUAAAAGAUCCUGCAAUUUGCACGCAAUUCCCCACCGAAUAUCUUAAGCGCGUUAAGGAAGUUCAUUCCGUAGGUGGAUAUGGCUCCACUGGGUAUGGUUACGACUGGAAAAUCGAAGAGGCACAAAAGUUGAUUUUAAGAACACACACCACUGCAGUAUCUUCGUUUAUGCUAUAUAAUAUUGCGCAACAAAAAGAAUUCAAACCGGUGAAAUACUUCUCUAUAGAUCGUGUAUUCAGGAAUGAGACUGUAGAUGCUACUCAUUUGGCUGAAUUCCACCAAGUGGAAGGUGUUAUUGCUGAUAAAGGAUUAACGUUGGGGGACUUGAUUGGAUUCAUGAACACUUUCUUUAAUAAAAUGGGAGUGAGGAACCUUCGUUUCAAACCUGCUUAUAAUCCGUACACAGAACCAAGUCUUGGUAAAUGGGUGGAAAUGGGAAAUUCUGGCAUGUUCCGUCCAGAAAUGUUGGAACCAAUGGGACUUGAUCCGGAAGUUCGGGUUAUCGCUUGGGUAUAG